UGGAGUUUCCGUUCAUUUGCCCUUACUGUGAGUCAAACCACCGAGCGCCACUUUGCGGAGGCAUGCGCUGAUCAUUUUUUGGAAGUUGCCAAAUAUUGGAAUGUGGAGAAUAAGUUAACAACACUUGGGACUGACAGUGCUCGGAACAUGACAGCAGCUGCGAGACUACUACCAUUUGAACACCUGCCCUGUACAGCCCACUGCGUUCAAAGAACUGUAACUGUUUCUCUUCACGACUGUGGAUUAGAUGGUAUUUUGGCCAAAUGUCGCAAAAUUGUGGGGCACUUUAAGCACAGUCCAUCAAAUGCUCAGGAAUUAGGAGAACAGCAAGUUGCACUUGGACAGAAGCAAGAACCGCUUGUACAGGACGUCCCAACCAGGUGGAAUUCUACCUUAGAGAUGGUCAGGCGGAUCCUGCGAAACAGAUUGCCACUGUCCACUACUCUGUCUCAGCAGAACAGCAAAAUUGCCAUGUUGACAUCACAGGAGCUUGCUAAACUGGAAAAGGUUGAAGAACUACUUGAACCUUGCAGAAAUGUGACUGAACUCCUAGGGGGCGAGCAGUACAUUUCUUGUUCAGUGGUGUUACCAGCAUUUUGCCACUUGUUCCGGGUUAUGGAGCCAUCAGAUGAUGAUCCAGUCUAUGUGGUGAGGUUCAAGAAGGUGUUUACCACAGACCUAGCUAAAAGGAAGGAAAGCACCAACCUCAAAUGGCUGAAGAUCGCUACUGCUCUCGACCCCAGGUUUAAAGAUUUGAAGUGUCUUCCUAAAGACGAAAGGCAUGAGGUGUGGACCUCAAUAAGCAGCCUGGUAAAGGAGGAGAGGCUGGCACAACAACCGUCAACAGAGACAACAGGAAAACAGCCAACAAAAAAGACAAGGAUGUCUGAGUUCUUGCUUUGUUCAUCUGAUUCAGAUUCAGAUGAUGAAGAUUCUAUAGACAAAUGUCUGAAACGCUACAAAUCAGAGCCCAAAAUCAACAUGGACCAGUGUCCACUGCAGUGGUGGUCAUCAAGAGAAGGAGCACAUGUUCUAAUGGCACGCAUAGCACGCAAAUACCUGUCCACACCUGCAACCACAGUGCCCUGUGAGAGGUUGUUCUCACUCUCAGGCCACAUUGUCCAAAAGAAGAGAGCUUCCUUGUCUCCUGAUAAUGUAAACAAACUGGUCUGUCUUAGUUGCUGGCUCAAUGCAAAAGAGUAGGCAAAAUGUUUUGGCAAAAUAUGUAACAUUCUCCUUGUGUUAUUCGUUCUGCAAAGGCUGUUUGGUGC